AUGAGUCCGAGGGCUGUCUCGCCGAGGGCGCGUGAUGGUGAGAGGCGUGAUUUCGAAGACCUGGAGGCGAGAUUCUUUGAUGACCUUAAAGUUAAGCAGAGUGAAGAGGAUGACCGCUUAGAGUACGAGUACGAGGCGACAAAGGCCCAAAUCUCCGUCAAGCUUGAGGAGGCGCUGCGGGAGAAGGCGGCGCUCGAGCGAAAGCUGGAGGCCGUCAACGCUCGUGUCGUGCUGCACAAUGAGAGUCUUGAAAAGCUUACGGAAGACUACAAGGUCACGCUUGCAAAGUUGGCUACGAGCCGGAGGAAAGCCUACUAUGAUAUGCAGGAGCAUUUCAAGAAUAAUCGCGAUGAGGGAUCGCUGGAUGUUGAUCUGAUAACGCAGCUCCGGAACCUCGGGCCCAAGAUGGCCGUUGUGCCUGGAGAGGAGGACGAGCGAGUUGUUGUGGACGGCGAUAACGAUUUGACGGGCGCUUCUGUAUAUCAUUCCGAUGGGCGCCUCAUCGGAAAAAUCAAGAAAGUGCCCGUGGGGACACCCGUCGUCGACAUCUUACUGGACCUCCCCAUCAAGAGAGACGUUUCUAUUCGAGCCGGACGCAAGUUCAAUGCUGUAAACUUGGAACCCAUUUAUAACGAGCUCCACGGCACAAAGCCUUCCAAAUGGGUCGCGUUCAUGGUCCAAGCCGUCGGCGAGAUCCAGACUCCUCCUUGCACCACCUGCGCCAAGUCGACUGGCCCGUUCGCCGAAUGUAUCAAAGUCCGUGGUGAGCUGUUUGGGAGGUGCGGGAACUGCGAAUGGGCCAGGCAAGGCUGUCACCCGAUCUUCGUGAUUCCCGACAGCCAGGAGACGGCGGCAACGACAGACGUCGAAAUGAAAGACGCACCUCCGCAUUCGAGUAUAACAGCCUCGACGAAUAGCGACGUAGACGGCCGACAACCUUUGAUAUUGAAAAAGGCACCAGUUUCGUCUCAGAAGACAGAGACCGAUGACAAACCAUCAACCUCUCGCGAACCGCAACCCGUCCCUACUGGUCCUGCUGGCGCGCCCGAAACGACGGCAUCAUCCCAUCGGCCGAUUGCUCCAGCGCCGCCACGCUCAGAGCAGGCUGCCACCUUAGAUGACAAUGUCGAAGCCCGCGCGAAAUCACCCGCGGGAUCUGCGAACAUCCCCGACAUCGACCCUGCCGAGCGCGAGCUACUCGUCAACCCGCCUCUUGCCCUCCGUGACAACGGCAUCGUGUAUACCGAGCCCGAGCUCAUGGCCGGCGUGCCCGUCGAGAAGAUUGACCAGAACCAUCCGUAUUGGGAUCCGGUGUGGAAAGAUCCCGUUGCAAACGCGAAGACCGUGCUCGCUGGCUACAAGGAGAAGCACGAGGCCUGUCUGAGCGAUGUCAGCGGGACUAAGUCCAAUAACAAGUUCCUCCUCGGUCGGCAAGUUAAGCGUGGUUACACGAUUCUAGAGUUUCUCGAAAACGGCUCGUUCAGUCCGUACCAAUUCGUAGCGAAGAAGUGGAUGACGCCCGGCAUCAUUACGUACGAUACGCUCUUCCGGCUGGCGGCUACUCUUGAGGAGCUCGAGAAGUUCAAGAUCAAGGUGACUCCCGCCGAGUGGAUGAGGCAACGCUUCUAUGAGAUUAUGCUCGCCGAGGGGGACCAGUUCAGCUUGACGAAGACGCUGAAGGAUUUUUACCGUGAUCCGAAGCUUCAGGCGCUGAGGGCUCUCUGCGGGUUUGGGAAUAUUGGAAGGCCGUCCGGGGCGAAGGCGGGCGAGGGUCCUCGCAGCAAGAGCCCCGGCUCGAGGCUUGACAGGCAGAGGCGGAGGGAAAGGGGUGGCGCUUCCGCCAAUACAUCGUCUGGCGGAACAAGCCGUCCAUCGAAGCGUCCGAAAAUUGCAGGUCCCCUGCAUCAGCUGCAGGUAAAGCAACAACAGCAACAACAACUUGACGUCUUGGCCGAAGCAGCGCCAACCGCCGAGGGUGGGGAGGGAAAGGAACAAGACCAAAAAGAACAAAAGCAGCAAACAGCGACGGCACAAGACGAAUUCGCCUACGAGGGCUUCACGGACACAGACUCUCUCUGCGGAGAUUCGGUCGAUAACGACGACUACAAAGUCCGGCAGGUGCGCACGCGACAGCACACGACCCCCCUCGAGGGUACGCAAUACUGGCACUUCAUCCAGGGCUACGAGGACCUAGGAACGUGGGAGCUGCACCUCCUGCAGAGGACGAACCCGCCCGACUGGGUGCGGUACGAGCCGCCGUUCAACUUUGGCGUGUUCCUCGACGAGAUCAUCGCCAUCACGCAUCACCCUGAUAGCUUGAAGAUCCACGUCAAGUUGACGGUUCCUGAGGGCGAGGAGGGCACGGAGGGGUAUGUGAAGGGGGAGGUUAUGACGUGGUUUAAGAGGGAGAGGACGAAGAGGCGGUUGUUGGCUUCAUGUCGGGAGAAGGGGAUUGCGAUUUCAGUAGCCGAGAGCGUGUCGAACCUUGAGAAAAUGUGGGAUGAGCUCGGCGAGCAUUCCCAGCAGCUCACCGGACUUUGGGACGGUAACGGCGAGAACGAGUAA